UCUCGAUCCCAAUUGGUGCACGCGUUUUACUUAUUGAACUGCUGGGCAACAGUUUAACUACUCCUUUUUUUUUGAGUCGCGUUUGGUAAUGUCAUCAUUAAAAGAAGGCACACAUAAUGUCGAACACAAUUUAAAAGUUACCGUUCUGUUUAACAUAAACAUCGUUCCCGGAGAGAUCUUUACACACAAACAGUUUCUUGUGGCACAGAACGUGAUCGAAAGUGUAAUACUGGUUCGUCAUAUAAAAUUGGCAAAGAGAUGCUGUUUUAAAGAGAAAACAGUUCCGGUGUUUCAAAAGUGAAAAUUAUUUGUUUUGAAAGGAUAUGGGGACGGUUUCCAGAGUUCACUAGAAACACGAUCAAAUACACGUUUAAACCAGUAAUUGGUAAAAAUGCUGGUUCAAUUGAAGUAUUACUAAUUUUUAGAUAAUUAUUAGGAAAAAUCAUGUUCUACAAUAAAUGGGUUAAAGAAGCCAUUUUUAAACAUUUCUGGCUUUUGUGUUGUUUAAAAAUAUGUGUAUUUCAAACAGUUUCUGGACAAAAAGAAAUCGUGGACCUCUUAAAUCAUGCUGACCUUAUCAGCGAACCAUUUGAACUAAAAAAAGUUCCCGGAAGAUGUUUUUCUAAUAAUAGCAAUAAUACAAUUGAAAACGAUUUCGGGUUUAAAUUAAGCGACAAAUCUCAAAUUCUACUGAGCACAAAUAAUUUAUUUCCGCAUGGAUUUCCGAAAGAUUUUUCAAUCCUAUUUGUAACCAGAGUUUUUGGACCUGGAAAUCCAAUUUUUACAAUUUACAGUGAAAACGGUGACGAACAAUUAGCUUUGACAGUUGGCCAAAAUGAAGUAACUCUACUUUACGAGGAUCAAGACGGUUUACCGGAAGAUGGAAAUUUAAUACCUUUUGAUAUUCCACUUAACAUUAACGAGUGGCAUAGAUUAGCUUUUAGUGUAAAAGGUGAUUCCGUAACGUUGAUAAGUAAUUGUCAAUCAACCAUAAGUAAAAAACUUGCAAGGAAACCUUCUUCGACUCUUACUACUUCAGGAAUUAUUACAAUGGGCCAUGAACUUAUCGGAGGUGGAUUCUACAACGGUGAUAUUCAAUUAUUGAAAAUUGCACCAACUCCUGAUGAAGCAUACGAAAUUUGCACGAUACAUGCACCUAAUUGCCCAGUUUUAACGAACGAUGGAAGUAUUGUUUCGAACGGUUCUUAUAGUUACUCUUCAAGUUCAAGUAGUGGAACUUCUUAUUAUACAACAUCUUACAGUAGUUCAUCUAGUUCUUCAUCAAGCAAUAAUUUAUUAAAUCAUGGCAAUAAUAUUGAUGCUAAGAUCAAGACUUCUUCGAGUAACUCUUUAAAUAAUUUAUCGAAUCAUGGAAGCAAUAUUAAAAAUAUUGAAUUUUCUUCAAAUGUAGAAACAGAAUCUAACCGAGGACUGAAUAUAAUUGCUCAGAAUAACAGUAAUUUUGACAUUGUCAACUCAAAACUGAAUCAGGAAAUGAUUAGAAACAAGAAUAAUCUGUUUGAACAAAGAAACGAAUUUCUUUUAAAUGGAAAUGUUCAAUUAGAGCAUCUCAACCAGAAACGAAAUUCAACGGAAUUUAAAAAUUUUAAUCAAAAUGUAGGAUACAUAGAUAAUAUGGAACAUGAUUUAAGUACGAAGGAUAAGGAUUUACAAGGCGUUGGAAGUAGUUUAAUUGGUCCUGAUUAUUCACAAUUUUCUACGGAAAGAGCUGAAGGAACCACAACUGAAAUUGAUGAAAAUAUUGAUAUGACCGAACAACCAGAAGUCACUAAUGCAUCAGAAAAAACACUAGAUCUUCCAGAUUUGCCGGAAUAUGAAAGUUCUCCAACCGAUUCAAAUAAUGGUCCCUACUCUCCAAAUUAUCCUUACAACCCUAACAGAGGUCCACCUGGUCCGCGUGGUUAUCCUGGACCUCCAGGAUUACCGGGAAAUCCGGGUCCAAAAGGAGAUUCGGGAAGGGACGGUUAUCCGGGAGUGACAGGAAGUCCUGGACCGCCCGGAAAUGUUUUCAUGCUUCCAAUGAACGUUCAAGGAAAUGAUAAAGGUCCAGAUAGCCAAACGGAAUCCUUAAGACAAAUGUUAGCUCAACACAUGAUGUCUAUGAGGGGAACUGAAGGUCCAAUGGGCUUGACUGGACUUCCCGGACCGGAAGGGCCAACAGGCGCAGAAGGAACUAAAGGAGAACCUGGUGAAAUUGGCGAACCGGGCCCACGAGGUGUAAGAGGUCCGAUAGGACAUCCGGGACGUGAAGGUAGAAGAGGUCGACCAGGAAGGGAUGGAGAUAGAGGUCUCUCUGGACCUUCUGGAACAAAAGGCGAACAAGGCAUGGUUGGUUUACCAGGUCUUCCUGGCGAUAAAGGUGAAAGAGGACAUCUUGGCUUACAAGGAGAGAAAGGAAUGCCUGGACAUGAAGGAAUGCAAGGGGAAGAGGGUCCCCCGGGAUUGCCAGGAAUGCCAGGAGAAAUGGGACCUAGAGGAUUUACAGGACCAAGAGGGCUUCCAGGAAUGCCUGGCAGCCCAGGAAUUCCAGGGAAUGAAGGGCCUAUUGGGCCUAAAGGCAGCCAAGGGCCGGUUGGACAACCGGGUGCACCUGGACAAACUGGACCGGCUGGAUCUAUGGGUUCACCGGGACCACAGGGACAUUUAGGGCCCCCAGGAAUCAUGGGUCCGCAAGGAAAGCCCGGAAUUCCCGGUCUACCAGGAUCAGAAGGUUUGCCAGGACAUCCGGGAAAUCCGGGAAUACCCGGUCCAAAGGGAGAUCAAGGUAUUCAAGGUUCAGUUGGCUCUAUCGGAUUUCCUGGAGGAAGAGGACCUAAAGGUGAUGAAGGAAAAAGAGGACAACAAGGAGAUAAGGGUGACAAAGGAGACAAGGGCCCUGAAGGAGAAAAGGGGGAAGCUGGUAGUAAAGGUGAUAUUGGAGUACAAGGAAGUGUUGGUGCAUCAGGUUUAGAAGGGCCAGAGGGACUUAAAGGAUACGAUGGACCUAGAGGAGAAACAGGGGCAAUAGGUCCUUCUGGUGAAAAAGGUAAGAUUGGCAUUCAGGGAUUUCCUGGAUAUCCAGGAAAUCCCGGUGAAAAAGGAGAUAAAGGGGCCACCGGAAGAGUAGGGUCACCUGGUGAUAAGGGAGAAAGAGGUCACCCUGGAAUUCCAGGUGAACGCGGUGAAACCGGACCUCGAGGCUUUCGUGGUUCAAGAGGCAGGCGCGGAGGAGAAGGACAGCCAGGUCCUAAAGGAGAUACUGGUCAACCUGGACCUCCAGGUCCUCAAGGAGAAGUUGGAGUUCAAGGCCCAGAAGGUCCACGUGGAUUCGCGGGGCCCACUGGAUCUCCCGGACUGAACGGAAAAGACGGUAUAGCCGGACCACCGGGAGAAAGAGGAGCCCCUGGUGACAGCGGUCCGCCAGGAUCUCCGGGUGCACCCGGAGUGGUUGGACCUCAAGGACCUACAGGGGAGCCAGGCCCAAUUGGGGAACCAGGGACACCAGGAAGUCCGGGAAUUCCAGGCGAAUCGGGAUUACCCGGGGAAGUGGGAAAAGAAGGUAGUCCUGGCCUACCAGGUCCUGCAGGAAAACCAGGAUCACCUGGAACGAGUGGAUUGCCGGGAUUUCCAGGAGAAAGGGGAAUGAAUGGAUUGCCAGGCAUUCCCGGUUUGAAAGGUGAAAAUGGUCCACCAGGGUUAAUAGGACCUAGUGGAGACAAGGGACAACAAGGAGAACCUGGUAAAGAUGGACCACCAGGUGCCGAUGGAAGAAAAGGACCAUCCGGGUCUCCAGGAUCUGGUGGAGCGAAAGGAGAACGUGGAGAACCUGGACCCGCCGGUGUUAUGGGACGCGAUGGUAUAGCCGGUGCAAGAGGAUUACCAGGAGCACCCGGGCCAAUUGGACCUCCGGGGGAAGAUGGUGAUAAAGGUGACAUCGGGCCACCUGGAGAGAAAGGAUUUAAGGGUUCAAAAGGAGAAAGCGGCCCAGAAGGGUCAUCAGGUCCUCAAGGAUUACGAGGUGAACCUGGUCCAGUCGGUCCUAUCGGAGAAAGAGGUCCUCCUGGUGAAAUUGGACGACAAGGGAUUAAAGGAGAAGAUGGUCCAAUAGGCAUCCAGGGAACUGCUGGACCAGCAGGUCCUCAAGGAUUACCAGGUCCACCAGGAAUUAAAGGAGAAAUAGGAGAUCUUGGCCAAAAAGGCCCACCUGGUGCUCCGGGAUCGCAGGGAGAACAAGGACCUAGAGGAACAAAAGGAGUAGAAGGUUCACCAGGAGCUACUGGACCCGAGGGUUUACAAGGAAUAAAAGGAGAUAGAGGAGAACCGGGUCCGAUGGGAACAAUAGGACCCGAAGGAAAACAGGGUGAGCGCGGUCUUCAGGGGCAAAAGGGAGAAGAAGGAAAGCCGGGUCUUCCUGGAUCGAUCGGGCCCCGCGGUGCUAUUGGUCCGGAAGGUGCAAAAGGAGUUGCCGGUCCACCAGGAUUUCCAGGCCCUCCUGGCGAACCCGGAGGAGUCGGUGUUAAGGGAGAUAUUGGUAAAGAAGGUGAAGACGGUAAACCUGGAGAACCUGGCCUUCCUGGAGAGAUUGGUUUACCGGGAAAAAUGGGUCCAGUUGGUACCCCUGGAAAACCUGGCUCUGAAGGACCCGCAGGAGUACAAGGCAACACUGGGCUACCAGGAGAAAAAGGUGAUAAAGGAGCCUCAGGUCCCCCAGGCCCUAUGGGACCGGUUGGCGUUCAAGGAAUUCCAGGUUCGCAAGGAACAACUGGUCCAAGAGGAUCACCAGGCCAAGCUGGCGAUAAUGGUCCACCGGGUACACCGGGAGUUCCCGGAUCAGCUGGUCCAAUUGGUUCUUCUGGUCCUCGUGGUCAAAAAGGAGAUCGCGGAAAACGAGGCCCGAAAGGUCAUCGCGGAGAAAUGGGCCACCAGGGUUUGAAGGGCGAAGCGGGUGAAAAGGGGGAGAGGGGCGAAAAAGGUCCACAAGGAGUUGAAGGCAAAAAAGGUGACAUCGGACCGAUUGGCCCACCAGGUCUGAAAGGAAACGAUGGCCCUGUUGGGUUAUCUGGAUUAGAAGGGCCUGCUGGCCCUAAAGGGUCUGAAGGAAUCGGUGGAUUGAAAGGAGAACCUGGUCCCGUGGGUCCUCCCGGACCGCCCGGACCGGCUGCUGAUAUGCCUUUGGUACCACCAGAGCUAUUGUUUCAAUUGCAAAGUGGAAACUACGAUAAAGGACCUCCAGCACGAAGAAGAAGAAGUCUAGAAGAGUUGAUAACUGAAUAUGAAGAUAUUGUUACCACAACAACUGGAAAUCCUGGCGAUGCAAAUGUUGACGACGAAGACGGUUACAAUAAAGAGGACGUCAGUUUGAAAUUUUUGGAUAUGUAUAGCAGUAUUUAUUCGAUGAGGCAAGAUUUGGAGCGAGUUAGGAAACCAGUUGGUACAAGAGAUAACCCAGUUAGAACUUGUAGAGAUUUGUAUUAUGGCCAUCCGCAAUUUCUUGACGGUUGGUAUUGGAUAGAUCCAAACUUAGGAAUGAUAGACGACGCAAUUUAUGUGUAUUGUAACAUGUCAUCGGAAGGCGAAAGUUGCGUUUUUCCCGACGUUCAUAGCGCCAAGAUGCCAAAUAUUCCCUGGAGAAAAGAGAACAACAAUAAAAAUGAUUGGUAUUCGAACUUACGCGGUGGAUUUAAAAUUACUUAUGAAACAGUUGGCUUGGUACAAAUGACAUUUCUUCGUCUGCUUUCCGAAAAUGCAUACCAAAACUUCACGUACACGUGUAUGAAUAGCGCGGCUUGGUUUAAUACAAAAACAAGUAAACACGACUUGUCUAUAAAAUUAUUAGGAGAAAACGAUCAAGAAUUUUCUUAUCAAGCGAUUAAACCAAUCAUCGUUUUCGAUGGAUGUAAAUCUAGGAAAAGUAAAAGUGAAACUGUUUUUGAGAUACGAACUCCGAAGCUGAACCAAUUACCUAUUGUCGAUUUUUAUCCAGUAGAUUAUGGAAAUUCAAAUCAAGCGUUUGGAUUCAAUGUUGGACCAGUAUGCUUUAAAUAAGAACCAUAAUUUGUUAAAUAAUCGUUUAGGUUAUAUUGAAUGUAUUGUUAUUGCGGCACUAUUUAUAUUCCAAGAUUAAGAACAAAGAGGAUGUGUAUAUAUAAAUUUAGAUUAAAUGUGUAUUUUUGUUUUUGA